GCGCCGUCAGCUCCCUUAAACGUAUCGCUGCCGCCGCCGCCGCCACCGACGUUGUCGUCGACGUAUUUGUGCCGCCGCCGCCGCCGCCGCCACCGUUGCUCCAGUUGCAGCGUGCACCGGACGGGUCGUCAACACGUAAACCAUACACAGGCGGAACGAGUGGACCGACAACAACGACAACAAUAAUAAUAACAUUACAUUUUCCGAAAUAUUAAUAAUAUUUAUAAUAUUUCCGUUACGGUUAAUUGUGUUGAUAUUCUAAUACGCGUACAUUAUUGUUAUAAGACGUACAGUUUUAAAUUCGCGAACUGACCGUUUACGCGCAUCACGAAACAUAAUACUUACUAUUUCACGUACGCCCAAACGUAUAUAUAUAUAUAAUAGAUCGCUGUUACAUCACCUAUUCGGGCGACGGGAGAUGAAUCUGGUGUCCAGGCAUCAGUACGGCGGUAGCGGCGUCGUGUCGUCGUCGUCGUCGUCGUCACGCUCGUUCGGUGGCUGCGGCAAAUCGGACGACGCUACCAGCUCGGACGAAGAGGCGAUAGUGGACGUCGAACGGCCCGACACGCCGCCACCGCAGCCACAACUGUCGUCGUCGUCGUCGUCGUCGGCGGCGGCGGCGGCUGCGGCCGACCACCGGCGCCGCGCCUGCAUAGGCGGCGGCCAGCCGGUGACCACGUCUUCGGUGGCCAGCGCGGCCGCGCUCACUGCAUGGCUGAAUCCGGCCACGUUUUGGCGGGACUCCGAUCAGUGGCGCAACGUUCUGGUCAACUACUACCACAUGAACAGGGCCGCGGCCGCCCGGUCUGCGGGCAGGGGCCGCGGCUCCGUGGCCGCUUAUCGCCCGUCCGCCGUGCCGGCCAUCUGCGGCGUCGGACCGUCCACCACCGGCCGGAAGCAGACGACGGCGUGCGCGACUGGACCGCAGCCCCUGCCCCUGCCGCCGCCGCCGACGACGACGACGUCCCAGUCUUCUUCGACGUCGUCUCGCCCGAAGAAACGGUACAUCUGCACGUACUGCCAGCGCGAGUUCAGCAAGUCGUACAACCUGCUCAUACACGAGCGCACGCACACCGACGAACGGCCUUACCCGUGCGACGUGUGCGGCAAGGCGUUUCGCAGACAGGACCACUUGAGAGAUCACAGGUACAUACACGUCAAAGAAAAACCAUUCAGGUGCCCAGUUUGCGGUAAAGGUUUCUGUCAGUCCAGGACGUUGUCCAGUCAUCGGAGCAACAGGAAUUCGAUGUGCCUGGACACGACCGUUUUGCAUCAACAACAACAACGGGACGCCGCCAGCAACAUACGCAGGCCCAAAAUGAUCACAGACUUUUCCAUCAACUCUAUAUUGAACUUGCAGUAAAGCUGCACGGUAUAUAAUAUAUUAUAUACACAACAUACAGUGUUAUAAUAUUGUCCGUUUUCUAACCCCUCGAUUAUUUUGAUCUCAAGUGCGUACGUGCAGACGUUUGAAGGUGAAAGACUAUAUUUUAUCACUAUCAUUAUUAUUAUUAUUAUUAUUAUUACUAUUAUUAUUGUUGUAUAUUAUAUAUACGUGACUGCAAAGAAUCGAUGCAGUAUUGAGUAGGUAUGUAUUAUAAAAUACGUUCGGUACAUCACACAUCAUAAUAUUGCAGUGCAAGUCCUCCGUGUAACGCGAUUUAUACUUAUAUACGACAUAAUGAUAUGUAUACAUAUUAUAGGCUCUAUAUAUUUACCUAAAGAACGAAGAUUUAUUAUCAUUACUGUCUUGCCACCCAUCGCAUCGAUUCUUAGCUUAGAUAACUUUUUUGUAUAUGCCUACUCUGCGGCUGCAAUGCUGUGGACGUCUUUUUGAAAUGACAUUUGCAUAUUAUAAUGUAUAAUACCUAUAUAUUAUGUAGAUUAUAGAUACAUAUCAUCCUGUUGUAUAUAUAAUAUAUUAUUAUGCCAUAGGUGUGUGUACACCUAUUAUUAUUAAAUAUGUACACUUUUACGGAUUAAAAAUAUUUAUUUUUGUUAUUAUUUUACCGACCAUUAUACACAUGAUUUAGGUGCGUAUAAACCUUUGCAGAUAAUAAUCUGCCGCGUGGUGUUAUAAUGAUUUUUUUGAUUUUUUUUUUUUCAUAUUAUAUGAUUAUUAUUAUUAUAUAUUAGCCGAUAGCGCAAUAAUAU